AUGUCAUCACUUUCUGGUGAUGUUGAUUCAUCAUCAUGUUCGAGAAGUUCUGACAAACAUCCGACCAGAACAACCAGCGACGUCUACAAGGAAAGCCAAACAGACAUCCCAGAGAAGGAGUCCGGAUACAAAGAUGCUCUGAGUGAGAAACUCUUGCCUCCCGUUGAUGGAGGGGCUCAUGCAUGGCUAUUUCUGCUGGCUGCUACAAUGCUGGAAGCAUUAGUAUGGGGGUAUGCUUUUUCAUUUGGGAUUUUCCAGGAUUAUUAUAGCGUGCACGAGCCAUUCAGGGGAUCUAAGAAUAUUGCUGUGAUUGGAACGUGUGCUAUGGGCAUCGCAUAUUUACUUGCCCCUUUUACGAUUAUUAUGAUGAUUUUAAUUCCUCGAGUCGCACGUUGGGUUUCAACAGUGGGAAUUGUGAUAGUUUGUAUUUCGCUGGCGCUGAGUUCUUUUGCAUCGAACACGACUCAGCUUAUUUUGGCCCAGGGCGUUGCUUAUGGGAUUGGUGCUUGUUUUUCAUAUACUCCAUCCAUUUUGUACAUGUCAGAGUGGUUCGUCAAGCGGAAGGGGCUUGCAUUUGGAAUUUCUCUGGCUGGAUCAGGGGUUUCCGGAGUCAUCUUCCCCCCGCUCAUAGAAUGGCUCCUAGGUAACUAUGGAGUCAACACGACGUUGAGGGUUUCCGCGGUGGCUUUAUUCAUUCUAGCAGUCCCAUUUCUCUACUGGCACAAGCCCAGACUGCCACCACCCAAGACACCCAGCUACGAACGUCUGAACUUCAGUUUCCUAUUGAGCCGAGUAUACAACAUCUACCAGCUUGGAAACACAGUCGAAGCACUUGGCUUCUUCUUACCGACCAUCUACCUGCCCACAUACGCCCGCAGCCUGGGCGCAAGCGAGAUUGUCUCGUCGCUCACCGUCACCCUGAUCAAUUUGUCCUGGGUCUUCAGCUCCGUCAUUAUGGGGUUUCUCUCCGAUCGGUAUCAUUGCACAACCUGCAUCUUUAUCUCGACCGUUGGCACGGUUUUGUCAGUGUUUUUUGUUUGGGGAUUUGCGAUCAAUGUCCCGGUGCUUUAUGUGUUCUGUGUUGCGUAUGGGCUUUUGGCAGGCGGGUAUACGGCGACGUGGGCUGGAGUGGCGGAGGAGAUUGAGCGGGCGAACCCGGCAAGUGAUGUCAGUGUCAUCUAUCCGUUCAUGGAAUUCGGGAGAGGAAUCGGGAAUCUGGUUAGUGGACCGCUGAGUGAAGCGUUAUUAAAGGCGGAUAAUUGGGAAGGGUCUGCGUUUGGCGUGUAUGGAAGUGGGUAUGGCACACUUGUGGUUUUUACGGGCGCCACAGCACUGAUAGGCGGCGUGUCGAUCGCUGCACGACAAUUCAAGUGGGUCUGA